AUGAAUAAAUUAACGUCAUACAGUGUGAAAGAAAUACAUAAGUGCUUUCGGGAUAAAAUUCUAACCCCAACAAGUUUCGUAGAUUUAUGUUUACAACGAGCGAAACAAACGAAAUGUUUGAACGCUUUUGUGACCCUAACUGAUGAAAUAGCAGAGGAUCAUGCUGUGGAAAGUGAAAAGAGAGUUUAUAUAGAGAAGAAAACUAGACCUCUCGAAGGUAUUACGAUUGCUAUAAAAGAUAACUUCUGUACGAAAAAUAUACCAACAACUUGUGCUUCAAACAUGUUAAGAAACUUCACACCUACGUAUGAUGCGACUGUUUAUUCAAGACUUGUUGACGCGGGUGCGUGUUUGAUUGGAAAGACCAAUUUAGAUGAAUUUGCCAUGGGUGCCGGAACAGUAGAUUCUAUUUUUGGACCCACUCGUAAUCCCUGGCAGUAUGAUAAGGAUUGGAGGAUUUCUGGAGGUAGUUCGGGAGGUAGUGCAGUGGCUGUGGCAUCGGGGACUUGUGUGGCAGCCAUUGGUUCAGACACAGGAGGCUCAACGAGGAAUCCCGCAGCUCUUUGUGGUGUUGUCGGACUAAAACCGACUUAUGGAUUAGUGUCCCGCUACGGCUUAAUACCUCUGGUCAAUUCAAUGGAUGUACCAGGGAUUUUAGCUAGAAAUGUAGAUGAUGUAAGCUUAGUUUUAAACGCAAUAGCAGGACCCGAUGUAUUGGAUUCUACGACUAUAAAGAAAGACUUUAAAUCUUUUGUAGUGAAUGAUAUUGAUCUCUCGAGGAUAAGAAUUGGUAUACCAAAAGAAUAUCGUUGUGAGGGAAUGAGUGAAGAAGUUAUUGAUGUGUGGAAAGAAGUUGCCGAUCUGCUUGAAAAUGAGAAAUGUUCCGUAGAAGCAGUGUCAUUACCUCAUACAUCAGUUUCAAUAGCAGUCUAUUCAAUAUUAAAUCAAUGUGAAGUGGCAAGUAAUAUGGCUAGAUAUGAUGGUUUAGAAUAUGGUCUUAGAACAUCUGAAGAUUACUCAACCGAGGAGCUAUACGCUUCAUCUCGAUCGGAAGGCUUCAAUAAUGUUGUGAGAUCAAGAAUCUUUGCCGGCAACUAUUUUCUACUAACCAGGAACUAUGAAAAGUAUUUCCUAAAAGCUCUUAAAUUACGUAGGCUUAUAUCAGAUGAUUUUAAGAAAGUGUUUAAUGAUGGAAUCGAUAUACUUCUGACACCAUCAACAUUAUCUGAUGCACCUCUUUAUAAAGAUUUUGUAUCUAAGCACAAUAGAGAUCAAUGUGCCCUUCAAGAUUACUGCACACAGCCGGCAAAUAUGGCUGGGAUUCCGGCAUUGUCUUUACCGAUCAGAUUAUCCAAAAAAAAUCUACCUUUGUCAAUUCAAUUAAUGGGUCCGAAUUUGUCGGAAGAACUUUUAUUAAGUGUUGCUAAGAAGAUAGAGAGUUUAGUACAAUUUCCUACAUUGAAAAUGGAUUGA